UGACUGUGGCUUGGGACGCGGAGGACAAGGCACGCGGCGACCGCACCCCCACACGGCUGGCGAUGAUCUGAGCGCCCCUCGGCCGCCCCCUCCCCCAGACGCAGACCGAGCCCUCCCCUCGCGUUCCGGACCCACAGGGGCGCGCACAACACCCCCACUUGCCUUGUCUCGGCCGCCUCCCGGGCGCUCCCCGGUCGAGGCCAGCCCGCGCCAAAGGUCGGCGCCCGCCAGGAUGAGUGGCUCUUUCGAUCGCAAACUCAGCAGCAUCCUCACCGACAUCUCCAGCUCGCUGAGCUGCCAUGCGGGCUCCAAGGACUCGCCCACGCUACCCGAGUCUUCGGUCACGGACCUGGGUUACUACAGCGCUCCCCAGCACGACUACUACGCGGGCCAGCCCUACGGCCAGACCGUGAACCCUUACACCUACCACCACCAGUUCAACCUCAACGGGCUCGCCGGCACGGGCGCCUAUUCGCCCAAGUCGGAAUAUACCUACGGGGCGUCCUACCGUCAGUAUGGAGCCUACCGGGAGCAGCCGCUGCCGGCGGCGCAGGACCCAGUGUCGGUGAAGGAGGAGCCGGAAACCGAGGUGCGCAUGGUGAACGGCAAGCCCAAGAAGGUCCGAAAGCCGCGCACCAUCUACUCCAGCUACCAGCUAGCCGCCCUGCAGCGCCGCUUUCAGAAGGCCCAGUACCUGGCGCUGCCGGAGCGCGCCGAGCUGGCCGCACAGCUGGGCCUCACGCAGACGCAGGUGAAAAUCUGGUUCCAGAACCGCCGGUCCAAAUUCAAGAAGCUCUACAAGAACGGGGAGGUGCCCUUGGAGCACAGUCCCAACAACAGCGAUUCCAUGGCUUGCAACUCACCGCCGUCACCUGCCCUCUGGGACACGUCCUCCCACGCCACUCCGGCCCCUGCCCGCACUCAGCUGCCCCCGCCACUUCCGUACAGCGCCUCCCCCAGCUACCUGGACGACCCCACCAACUCGUGGUACCACACGCAGAAUCUGAGCGGACCCCACUUACAGCAGCAGCAGCAGCCCCCUCAGCCGGCCACCCUGCAUCACGCCUCCCCCGGGCCCCCACCCAAUCCUGGGGCUGUGUACUGA